AUGGGGAAUUGUAUAAGGCAUGAGCCGUCUAUGCAAUGGGGAGGGGAUGAUUGGGGUUGCAUGGCAAAUGGUGUAGAUGAUCAUGAAGAGGGCAUGGAGGAGAUCAUGAAGAAGAAGAAGAAGAUCAAGAUGGAGGAGGGCCAGGGGGGUUUUGAAGAUUUGGGAGCAGCUGGGUUGGCUAAGAAACUUGGUGGAGCCACAGAGGUGAAGAUCAAGAUCACAAAGAAGCAGUUGGAGGAGUUGCUGGGUAGGGUGGAUUUGAAGCAAAUGUCAGUGCAACAGGUUUUGGCUAAGCUGAUUAGCUUUGGUGAUCGAUAUGAGGCCCAUCAACGGUCUUGGAGGCCUGCCCUUCAAAGUAUUCCUGAGGUUAAUUAA